AUGGCUUUGGUGUAUUCUACACGGACUGCAUUUUUGUUUGAUAAAGUUCACACUUUUGCCCCCUGAUUAAGGUCAACUACGGAAUCCUACAUCCCUCGUGUUGGUGCUCCAUGUACUGCUUCUCCUGAAGCCAUGGUUGCUGCCGCCGCAUUCAAUGCUGUUCGGCGGUGGUUCACCAAUUCGAGUAUGACCAAUGUUCCCGAUCCCUCAAUGAUUCCAUCCUACUGGUCCAGCACACUUACUACCCCCGUAUCUGGCUUUGGCACAAGCGGGAGCAGUUCGGGUGGAGUUAAUCCUCUUCAACAACCGAAUUCCUUUUAUCGCCUACCCUUUCCUCCCCAUUCCUCUCAACCCUAUCACUCUGGACCCCCGACAAACUACAUGCCUACCGGUGUUCCUUUUCGUGGUCAUCAUAGCAGUGGCUACGUUCCUAAUAGCGGCAGUGGGGGCGGUGGUGGUGGCGCCGGUGGUUCGGCUGGUGUUGGACUUACCGGUCCUUUACUUCGAGGCGGAAAGAAACGCUCCCAUUCGCAAUCAUCCGUGAACGAUUUAUUCGAUAUCUCUAGCCUAACACGCAGUUCUCAGGGCUCUUUGAACGUGAUGCAAGCGAUGCGUGUAUCACGCAGUAUGGUCUCCAGUUCCGGCGGUUCCUAUGGGCACCUAUCAGCAGGUUAG